AUGGGACGCAGAGGUUCAAUCACCAUUCUGGUGAUCUGGAAUCCCUUAAUGGGAAUUACCAGAGAGGACCUGCGUUCCCAGGUCACUGCAUUCUGCAGAGAAUAUGGCUUCCAAGACAAGCAGGACACCUUCUUCAGGGGCGCCCUCGCAGCUCAGAACCCAGUCGGCUAUGAAGAUAUUCCAGAGUUGACUGAUGAUGACAAGUACUGGCUCAGACGUGAGGUCACCAAUCGCUGGCACCUGCCCAGAGCUCUUUACUAUACCAUUGCCCUCUGCUCUCUUGGCUCUGCCAUUCAAGGCUGGGACAAUACCGGUGCCAACGGUGCCAAUUUGUCUUUCCCCCAAGAAUUUGGCAUUGAGAACAAUGGCUGGCUUGUUGGUGUCAUCAACUCUGGCCCAACGCUCUUUGGACUGCUGUCUGCAUGGGCGGCUGAUCCGGUGAACAACCUCCUCGGCCGCAGGGGCACCGUCUUCGCCACAGGGCUGUUCUGCAUCUUCCCCGUCCUUGCCCAAGCAUUUACGCAGAACUGGUGGGGCCUCAUGAUCUGCCGUCUGUUCAUGGGCCUGGGGAUGGGUAUCAAAAUCUCGACAAUCCCCGUCUUCUCUGCAGAGGUUGCCCCGGCGUCCAUCCGAGGUGGCCUGGUUACGAGCUUCCAACUUUGGGUGUCCUUUGGCAUGUUUGUGGGUUACUGCUGCAAUCUGAUCUUUUAUCGGGUUGGCAAGCUCGCAUGGAGGUUUCAGCUUGCUUCUGCGUUUGCGCCGGCCAUUCCUGUGGUCAUUUUUGUUUGGUUCUGUCCAGAGUCACCCCGCUGGUUGAUGAAGAAACGACGGUAUCCCGAGUCGUUCCAGUCAUUCUGCCGACUGAGGAAUACCGAGAUGCAGGCUGCCAGAGACUUGUACUAUGCCCACUGUCAGGUCAUGGAAGAACGGGAUGCCUUUGCCGGCGUCAGCUUCCUGCAUAGAGCACGGGAGCUGGUCACCGUGCCUCGGCUACGGCGUGCCGCUGUUGCCAGCGGAUGGAUUGUCAUUAGCCAGCAGUUCUCCGGAAUCAAUAUCAUGGCUUUUUACAGCUCAACUAUUUUUGUUGAGGCUGGCUACUCAACUCUCAGUAGCCUGCUUGCCUCUAUGGGAUUCGGACUCGUUCUCUUCGUCUUUGCCUUUCCGGCGGUGUAUACCAUGGAUACCUUUGGUCGACGCAAUCUGCUCCUCACAACAUUCCCGAAUAUGGCCUGGUGCCUACUUGCGGCUGGGCUCUGUUUCCUCAUGCCAACCUCUAACAGUGCAAGAAUCCCCUGCAUCGCAUUUUUCAUCUACCUCUUUACUGCCUUUUACGGACCAGGUAUUGGUCCGCUGCCGUCCAUCUACUUCGCUGAGGCGUUCCCCUUGUCUCAUCGGGAGCUUGGCGCCGGUUUGACGAUCUGCAUUAAUAAUGCUGUUGGUAGUGCAUUGAGCCUAACCUUUCCCUCGCUACUGAAGGCACUCGGGCCUACUGGUGCGUUUGGGUUCUACGCUGGGCUCAACAUGCUGGCAUUUGUGGUCAUCUUCUUCAUUGUUCCAGAGACAAUGAAACGUACCUUGGAGGAGCUUGACUACAUAUUUGGCGUCUCGACACGGCGUCAUAUGUCUUACCAAGUCGGUACGUGGCUGCCUUGGUGGAUCAAGAGAUACAUCUUCUUCCAGCGGAAAGCAAAGCUUGAGCCUCUUUAUAAGCUGGACGGUGUAGCCGACUCGACGGGUGCUCAGUAG